UCGCUUAAUCUCCUAUGAAGGUAUUUAUGAAAUUAAUUGCUCUUGGAGCUGUUUCUUUCUGACCUGUUUUGCUUAUAAUGAGCUCAAUUUUUAUUUUAGGUCCAAAUAAAAUAGUCGCUCCUUGCAACGACUGUCCGGUUCAGAUUUAGCUCGAUCCACGUUCUUCGAUGUACGCCAAACUAGACCGCAUCCUACGCAUUCCUCGCACGCAGGACUGUCUUGUACCGGCAAAAAUGAAGAAAGAGAAUGGAUCCAACAAUCAGUUCUUUUCAACUAUGGAUAAUUUAAUUUUAAAAUCUUAAUUUGCACGUAGAAAAUCAACUUAUCAUCGAUUUUCUCGAUCAUUCUUUUUAAUGCCCCGGUGCCAGCGUAUACAGAUAGUCAAGCUCAUUAACGUGAUUACAAAAUAAUGUGAUUUUCUCCACGUCACGGCUUUGUCUUCCAAUCUUUUUAAUGAAUUGCGUCAGUUGUGCUAACAGGGGCAAAACACAAAACAGCAACAAAAAAUGCAUCUUAUCUUUGGUACAAAACAGCAGUUGCCGACCCCAUGAAUGGAUGAUAAAGCCCAAACACGAUUGACCACCGAGUAAAAGUUUUUUUUUCUCUUGUAGAAGGCUUUCCGAACGUAUCCGAACGUUCCGAACUCUUACAUUUUAGGCAAUUUUUGGUACAUUAUAAACUUGUUUAAAUCCACUUAUCUGUUGGUGGCUUUGUUUCAUUUCACUUUUCUCUCGUUUCCCCGUUAAACUGUGUCGGUAAUUUGCGUAAAAUUAAGUUCCUUUCAAUUGAAAUUUGAAUUUUGGUCAGUUGAUGCUCUACUUCGAAUUUAUUGCUCAAAUGGAUUGAUUUCUAUCCAUCUUCUAAGGCAUCGAAUUGCGCGAAUGGAGUUGCAAUUGAGGUUUGCUAUUUGUUUGGCAAAAAUAAAAACCCGUAUUCUUUUCCAUUGAUGCCGCAUACUAACUCACUCUCUUAUUUUGCUACUUCCCACAGCAAAUCGCAUCGUACGCGAUAAAAGAGCACAUCUAUUAGCAUCCCGGAAAACGUGUUCAUCUCUACGAACACACCUGGAACUACAGCAUCUCCUUUUCCAUCGAGUAGUAAGAAGAUUGACGACCCAGGUUCUUUAUUGAUUGCAAUAUCCUAGAUGACGAACACGUUUUAAACGUUUGAUCAUCCCCCACGAAACGAGGAAGACGAAUAACGAACAGCAAACAGUUAGCAUAAAUUUUAGAUAGUGAAAAUAAUAGUGAAUCAUCGAGAGACAUAUUGAACUCCGCGCGGAUAUUGACGACAUAGUGAAGUUAGUGGAUUACACGGCCACAAAAUGGAAGCAAGGCCGGUACAGGUGGUGGAGACAAGCGAAGAUCACAGCUUUAUCCUGAACGAGGAGGCACUGACGGAGAUACUACUGCAAGACAGCAUCAAAGAUCGCGCGAUCGUGGUAGUGUCUGUGGCCGGAGCCUUCCGGAAGGGCAAAAGUUUCCUGCUAGACUUUUUCCUUCGCUACAUGUACGCCAAGUAUGUACAUCAUCAGAGCGUACUCGAAUGGUUGGGUGAUGAAAGUGAACCAUUGUCCGGUUUUUCGUGGCGUGGUGGUAGCGAACGUGACACAACUGGCAUCCUAAUGUGGUCCGACAUAUUCCUGCACAAUAGAGCCAAUGGCGAGAAGCUGGCAAUUAUACUGAUGGACACACAAGGCGCCUUUGACAGCCAGAGUACCGUCCGGGACUGUGCAACCGUGUUCGCCCUUAGCACCAUGCUAUCCUCCGUACAGAUUUACAACCUGUCCCAGAACAUUCAAGAGGACGAUCUGCAACACUUACAGCUCUUCACAGAAUACGGUCGCCUAGCGUUGGCCGAUUCGGGCAAGAAGCCGUUCCAGCGGCUACAGUUUCUGGUGCGUGACUGGAGUUUCCCGUACGAGGCCGAAUAUGGUGCGCUGGGUGGGCAGCUUAUUCUUCAGCGACGACUGGAGGUUUCGGACAAGCAGCAUCCGGAGCUGCAAUCGUUGAGGCGACACAUUACGUCCUGCUUUUCGGAAAUUGCCUGCUUUCUAAUGCCCCACCCAGGCCUAACGGUGGCCACCAAUCCCAGCUUCGACGGGCGUCUAUCGGACAUAACGCCCGAAUUCAAACAGAGCUUGCGCGAACUGGUACCGAUGCUGCUGGCGCCGGAAAAUUUAAUCGUCAAGGAAAUUAACGGCCAGCGAGUGAAGGCACGCGACCUGGUGCAGUACUUCAAAUCGUACAUGGCGAUCUACAAGGGUAACGAGCUGCCGGAACCGAAAAGCAUGCUGGUGGCAACGGCCGAAGCAAACAAUUUGACGGCGGUAGCUGCCGCGAAGGAAAUUUACUCACAGCUCAUGGAGGAUGUGUGCGGUGGCACUAAGCCCUACCUCAGCACGGGCCACCUCGACUCGGAGCACAACCGUAUCAAGGAAAAGGCACUGCAUCAGUUCACUUCGAAGCGAAAAAUGGGUGGUGAAGAGUUUUCGGAAAAGUAUCGCGAAAAGCUGGAACAAGAUCUGGACGAAACGUUCGUCACGUUCCGGGCGCAUAACGAAAGCAAGAACAUCUUUAAAGCUGCCCGAACACCUGCCGUCUACUUUGUCAUCGCGAUGGUUAUGUACAUCAUGAGUGGCAUCUUCGGCCUUGUGGGGUUGUACACCUUUGCCAACUUUGCCAAUCUGAUAAUGGGUAUAGCGCUGAUCACACUAGGGACCUGGGCCUACAUCAGGUAUAGCGGCGAGCUGAGCGACUUUGGCGUCCGGUUAGAUGAGUUCGCGAACCUGCUGUGGGAAAAUAUGAUGAAACCGAUCUACCAGUCAUGCGUGGAGAAGAGCAUCCAGCACGUGGCGACACACGCGACCGAGUACGCAAUCAGCGGCGGUACGGUCGGCAGUGCCGGCAGCCGUCAGCUGAACGGCAAGGUGAAACACUCUUGAGAGUACGCUCCGAGCGCUUCCAGCAGCCAGUGGUUGCCCACCCCAACCAACACCACCACGUUCGGCUGGCGGCCCUGGCGAUGGUCUUGGAGGUAUCGUAACGAGGCGACUGCUGCUGCCACGAUCAACGCAACAACGGCACAAUCGUUCGACCAGCCACUGACAAACAAUAACGCACCCGAUCGGACAUCCGCGUACUGUGUAACCUCCACUGAAGGUGGCAACCAUAAAGCACCAUCAUCAUCGUACCGAGGCACCACCGGGAGCAGCAUCAAUGGUCUGAAUAGCAGCAGAAGCCAUAGUAACGGUGGUAUGGGCAGCGACAGUGACAGCAGUAGUGAUAGUGGCAAUGGAGUCGUCGCGUCCGACGGCACUAGGUUUAGUAAAUUUAUCAAUAGCAUUAAGAACGCCCUUGGCAGUGGAAGUAGUAGCGGUAGUAAUAGUGGCAACAAACCAACAAUGCUGGUGACCGAUCAUGAAAGUAGCGGCAGCAGCAGCAGUCGAAACAGCAGCACGCGUCCACUGGUGAUCAAAUCGACGUCAGUCAUCAAGCGGACGGCGCACAGUAGCAGCAGUAGUAGCUCGAGCGAACUCACCGAUUGCACUAAACGAGGAGGACGUCACAAAGGAUCGGCAGUACCGGAGGAUGUUAUCGUGGCGGCAAACGGAUUCCGCAACAACCGGCACACAUAAAGGAAAGCAGAUGGUUCCUCCACACCCAUGCACACUUUGGCCGGAAACGAAAUAGGAAAACGUGUGUGUGCGCGCUUUUUUGCUCACCAUCUUUAAAAAAAAACUAUUAUAACCCUGUUAGAUACACAACCUUUAUUACCUGUUGGUAGAUUGGAUCAUUCGGAAUGUGGUGUACACACGCUUCGAUCAUCCCUUUCGGUAUUUGUUUUCGUUAGUUACUUUGUUGAACCAUACACACACACACACACACCCAAUUGUUGAUGCUGUAUUUGUUUUAUACUCUAUAUUUACACUGCAUUUUUUUUUGUUUUUGUUUUUGGGAGUAACAUUGAAGAAAGGAACUGAGCAGAAAAGGCAUAGGAGCCACUAAACGACACGUUUGCGGGAUAAGAAUUGUUAGUGUUAUUGUGCCAAAACGGGGUGAAGAAAAAGCAAAGAAUUUAUGUUACGAAGCGAAGGGAAAUUGAAAACGAAACGUAUCGAUAUGUUACAAAGCCCCCUCCUUCUCAUGUUGUAUUUUUGUGCCCCGUUUAAACAGAAACCCGCUCAAAAGCCGAACACCGCGGAAUCAGCAACCGUGUUCAGCAGAUCGCUUGCAUUGCAAUAUUCUGUAUUAAGCAUAGGUUUCUUUUAAUUCUCUUGCCAACACAUCAUAUACAAAACGUUAUUAAAAAACAUUGGAGGGGGGUAUAUGGGCAAAACAGGCUCACUUCUAACGCAGCUAAACGGCGAUGAUAACGCGAUAACGACGGGCACGACUGCAAAGCAGUGUGGUAUACAUGUGUAUGUUUAUAUGUGUAUAUCGUGAAGCUGACAAAGGAAAAGGACGCAAAACAAAGCAACAAAAAAAAAACAGGAAACGAUUUUCACAUCAUCUCGCCAUUUAAGAAAGCAUAUGUUUUUUUUUUUAUUUUGUUAAGAAUUUAUUAUUUUGUUACAUGCGAACCACACGCGUCAGUUUACGAUAGAAGGGUGCAAAGCAAAACGUUUAAAGAAUUUCUUGUACAUAAAACAAAAAACUAUCUACCUGUC